AUCACGGGGCGCGGUAUUGGAGUGGCGACGCGCAGGUAAACGCGUGGCUGUCGGUGAUGGUGGUGGUGGUCGCUUUCACGAUUUACCAUUUAUAGAUUUAGCGUCCUUUGUCAAAAAACAGCAUUAAGCGAUCAACAUCGUCGGCCAGAGGAUUGCUGACGGUAAAAUAUUGCGGCACGGCAGUGUUGCAAUCGCGGAUUCGAUGGCGUUUGCAGCUCCCAAGCAAGUGAACGGCGCGGCGAAGAUGCAGACCAAGUUCAGCACUUGGACACCCUUGAACCACGUGCCGAGUAACGACAAGGUGUUUGAGGAGCGGCGGGAGCUGGUUGCCAAAUGGUUUGAACGCUGGACGGAUAUCCAGCGGCGCCGCGUUCUCGAGGAGGUGCUUUCUUUCUGCUCCGAACGCCAGCUCCGGCACUGCGAGGCGCUGCUGAGCUCCGCGCUUCCUCAGCGUGCACUAGACCCGGCACGUGCCCUCCCGCGCGUGCUCUGCCUCUAUAUCUUCGCUCACCUUGACCCGCGCAGCCUCUGCCGUGCCGCACAGGUUUGCUGGUACUGGCGCCACCUCUCAGAGAGCGACUGCCUGUGGAUGCCCAAGUGCUUGCGCUUCGGCUGGAGCCUGGGCUUCUCGCCAACGCCCUUUGAGCAGGGCCUCUGGAAGCGCCACUACAUCCAGGCAGUGCAUGAGCUGCACUGCCUGAGGCCCAAGACACCUCCCGAGGAUGCCCUGGUUGUGGCGGACGUGCAGCCGCUGGCGAGGCCGGACAGCCAGGCCGAGGGGAGGCUCGUGCCGGGCUCGAGAUCGAUGAUGCUGACGUCCGCGAGGGGUGGCGGCACACGGGGGAGCGGCAGGGAGCUGCCGCCCUGGCGCGCGUCGAACCCGCGGCCCGCGGACACCCUGCGCUACAACUAUCUGGACAACGACGAGCCCGUCGACGCCACCAAGCUCGCGCGGUGGAGAAGAGGGGGCCCUGCUCCUGACAUGGGUAGAACCUCCCUGGGCCCCGACUCACAGCCUCGCUCGACAUCCGGAAAGUUACGGAAAGCCCAGUCACUGGUAGCGCUGCUUUCCCUGGACAAGGCUGUCGCGACCAGCGGCAGACAGAGGCCCGCGUGGGCCGGGACCCGUGGCGAGACCCCUCCGCCACUCUUGGAUGCACAACACAACGCCGGCGUCCGCCCUGCCCCAGCUCGACGUCCACCCUCCGCCGCGCCGGGCGGCAGCAUGGGCGUUAGGUGGGGGCUCGAGAGGGGCAGCCUGGUUCCGGGCCCCGAGGUGGGGCCAAGGGAAGUGGAGGGAGACCGAGCAACACUGGAGGAGAGCCUGGGGGUAGCGGUGACGCAGGAUGUAGCGUUACAGACAUUCUCGCUGGACGGAGCCAAGGGCAGUGCAUGAAACGUAUAAUGAUGCGUAGUUUUUUUAUGCGGUCGUUACCAUGUCUUCUACUUUACUGAUGAUUGGUGAGCAAUGAGAGAUGAGUGUUGCCAGGAUUUUGGAUAUUAGGGCUGUAAUGUUUGACCUUUCCAGCACAAGGUACAUUUUUUGCCAUAACUUUUGUACAAUAUUGUUUGGUCCGUUAACCUUAAUAACACUAGCAUAUCGUUUUCCUUUAGUAUGCGUAAAUAAUGUUCAGUGCUCACACGACUGGAUAGCUCGGGAGCCUAAAAAUGUAUCUUAAUCAUUGAAUUAAUGCAUCGUUAAUAGCUUAAUGGAUUAAGUCAUGACUGAGCGUGCACCUUGCUGCGACGUGCAGCAACAUUGGCAGGAAUUUAUAAUCCCACUUUUUAUUUAAUUUCUAUGAAUUAUUAUAUGAAGGUAAUUAAUCACAUUGUCAGAUUGCAAUAAAAAACAAUUUUCUUCCUGAACAUGACAUUUUAAGCUCAAAACCAGACUUAAUUUUGUAGAAUAUAACGAGGUCAGACGAGAAUUUUUAAGUGAGAAUUUAUACAAAACACAAUUUGCUGGCCAUUACAGGGCCAAAUACUUCACUCUUUAAUAUUGCAUGUACAAUACAGCUUUGUGGCACACAAUUUUAAGAGCUAAUGGAACAAUGCUUUCGAUAAAAAUAAAAUACAUUCUCUCACA